AUGCGUGCUGCUGCUGUGGCCCUGCAGUGCCCCAAUCCACAGCAGGGAUCUUCAUCACCAGCCACGCUGCCUCCAACGCGCGGGUUCCUAAUGAAAGCAAAUAAACAGCUCUAUGUAGCUACCUUGCGUUUCUGUCGUGAGAAUCAUGAGAACCCCCGAUGCGUGCUGUGCUCUGUGUUAACUAGUGUCUCUGUUCUGACUCAGGUUUCAGACCAGAAGCCACUGGGUUGUUGGUCAGUUAAACAUGGGCAGAUUAUCACAUGUCCAGUUGUAUGCAACUUUGAAACUCACGAAUACGUAGCUGUUCAUGAUGACAAGGUUUUAAGAAUAUGGAAGAACCAAGAUAUUAACUUGGACAAAGUAUUUAAAGCAACGCUUUCAGCUGAUGUGUACAGAAUACAUUCACUACCCAAUGGGGGGCCAGUGGUACUAUUCAAAGGAGGUGGUGUUCGAACUUUAGAUGUCCUUUUGGAAGCCCCACAACAAGAAAUUGAAAAUGUUAUCUCAGACGAAGUCAUCAAGUGGAGUGAAGCUUUUAUGGAAGGUCAGCAACCUGUCCUAAUUUUUGCUACUGAGAAAGAUGGGGAUUUUUUUGUCUACGUACAGAAACUUAAGAUGAAUAGUCUACACAAAUAUAAGCUUGAACAACAGGAAUUAUCUAAACCACUGAGUUUCGUGGCAUACAUAAAAAAGCAAAUAAUCACACUUCUGUGUUUGUAUUCCAACGACUCUGUGUAUAAGGUUCUAAUACCUCUGCAGCAAAAUACUGAAGAGAAAGAGCAAAUUUUGCCCAAGUCACUACUACUAAACCUUUUGGUAUCUGGAAGUGUUCUAAAAGGAACUUCUUUCGUUGUUCUUGAUAAAGACCACGUCGCAGUAUUAGGAAGACUAGCUGUGUCUGGUGAAGAAUCCAAAGAGUGUCUAACAAUAUGGAAUACAAAAUUUCAGACGUUGCAAACUUCAAAGGAACUGCCCCUGGGAACCAGUGGACAAUUGUGGUGUUAUGAGGAAAAAUUUUUUUUUACUCAUGGGAAAGUGCUAACUGUGAUUAUGUACAAAUGUGAAACAUCAUCCUUGGCAGCUGCUGUGGGAAAGCUCAAGGACAGUCAAACCCCUGAUGUGUCUUCAUUUGUAAAUUGGAAUACCCUUGAAGAUGAAGAGCUGGCUUCCCUUCCAUCAGAGCAGCCUGUAGCAGUAACAUCUGAGUCUAGAAUGAAUUUAAGAUCAAAAAGGAACACUGUAGCUGAAGUACAGCCAGACACCUUAUCAGUUAGGCAGCUGUUACUAAAUCUAAAAAAUGCUUCUACAACUGUAUUUGAAGAUGAAUUGAAACAACUGAUAUCAAAAGUACAGAUGCCAGACCUCCAAGCCACCAUUGGAUGUGUAGUAACCGCUCUUAUAAACAGAUGUAAAGCAAAUCCAAAGUACUACCCUCGAAAUUUCCUGCUACAGAUAGUCCAAACCCAAGAUUUGUCUUACAGUUUAUGUCCAGAUUUAAUGGCUGUUGCUUUGGAGAAAAAAGACGUGUAUCUCUUACAAAUCUGCUUACAACGGUUUCCAGAUAUUCCUGAAGAAAUUACUUGUGCUUGCUUGAAAGUAUUUUUAAGCAUUAGUGAAGCCUAUCUUCAAAGAAUAGAUGUGAAUCUAGAAUCUGUAAUCUGUUACAUUGAUAUUGAAUUGAACAAUAAAGAAGUUAAGACUGAAAUUGUAGAAAACGGUUUCAAUGUUGAGCUGGAACAGGACAUCUGGGAUACUACAAUCACAAAGGAAGCCCAUCUGACGGCUGGUGGUGAAUUCUGCCCUGUUGGACCACAGAAGGCAGCAUUAUUAAAUGCUGUUCUCCAUUCAGCUUACAGUGAAACAUUUCUUUUGCCUCAUCUGAAAAACCUUCCAGCUCAGCAAGCUGUUCUGUUUCUCAGGUAUUUAUACUACCUGUAUGUGAAAUGCAGUGAAAAAAUUAAUACUGCUCUUCCUGGAAUAUGCUGUCCAACUAUAAGUCAGAUUAUGGAUUGGAUGUGCUUAUUACUUGAUGCUCACUUCACAGUUAUGGUGAUGCUCCCAGAAGCGAAAGGGUUGCUUUCAGACCUGCAUAAGUUUGUGAGAGCCCAAGUACGGUUCUACUCUGAACUCAACAAGAUUGAAGGAAGUUUGCGAGAAUUACAAAGACUUCACCACCAGAAAGACCCUCAGACAUAUUCUAUUGAAGUGCUGGAACUUAUUUGAAUUUUAAAUGAAUUAACACAUUUUUUAUUGAUUCCUUUUAUGAUGAGGAUGUAUUAGCACUCCAUAUUGGGGAUGUGAGAAGCUGUUUCUUGUAUAGGAGGAGCACAGUUACUCUGUAGCUACAUGAGAGUUGUAAGUUUGAAAUUCGUGUAUUAAAAGCUCUGUUUUUGACUGGAUGAGAAGCUGGAUGCUUGCUUAUAUUUUCAUAUAUAAUUUUGAUAUGUAAUCAUAAGAACAUCCUAAAAUACCACAAAGAAUUAGUAGGAUAUUUGCAGUAAGGCUUCAACAGAUGUUUCAUCAAAUGAAUUGAUGUUUUUAUUCUACUUGCUACUUAAUAGUUGAAGUCUCUGAUUAGAUUCUUCAGAGUUUUUUAUCUCCACUCACAUUAUGAACUGUAGAUGAACUCAUUUGAGUUUGCUGCUUUGAUUUUUCUAUUUUUAAGUUGGUUUUACUUUGUCCAAAGAUGUCUUUGACAUUUACAGACUUAUCUUAAACAGGGAAGGGAGCUUAAGUGUAGAUACAGUGUUAUUACCUAACAUACCCUGCUUUCUCUCUUCCCUAUGUCAUGGUAUCACAACCUAUUAGUGUAGCCUUUCAUGCUGUCUUUUCCAGUCCAACCAGGUCUUUUGACGCUGCUUUAAAAAAAAAUAGAAGCAGAGGAGUUGUGUGGUGGUUAGUAGUUAAAAUCUUGAAUGACAAUAAUCUGAAGUUGUUUGGAUGCAUCUUCUAUCUGAUAAGACCACCUGCAGCCAGAAGCUGCCCACAGGAACUGGACUCCUCCCUCAAAUAAAGAAGCAAAGUGCAGUUAGUUAAUAGGAUGUCUUGUUACAAUCUUUAUCGAAGAGGUUGCCAUCAGCUGAAGACGACUGUUUUCUCAAGCAGAGAGACUGCUCCUCUAACACAUGCUCUUCUGCACAGACUUUCAGAAUGGAGUUACUGGAUUUCAGCAUAACUAGCUGUACUUCAAGACUUCUGCUUUAGAAAUUUCUGGAGCUUUCUGAUGUUGAAAGAUUGCAUCCAAGAUAGUUUCUGCUUUUUUAAAUACUCAUCUGUUGAAAUCUUGCCUAUAUACAUUUGAAGCUUUGGGGCAAGUUUGGAAGAGGAGCAGAAAAAUAGCAUUUACGUAAAAUGUAAUGCUGUGGACUUUGGAGUGAGCUUGACAUGACUUUAAGCUGACCAUAAAACUGGUAACUGCCAGCACAGAUCAGAGCAAGAAUGGUAUCUUGCCUGUUUGGAACAAAGAACUCACCUAGCUGAAAAUAAUGUCUCUUUUUGGAUAGUGAUUUUUCUUAAGCAUAUGUCACUGGAUACAGAGGAGAUAUCCAGCCUGAUUUGGAGCAGAAUGUUGGAAAAUCUUGUUUUAAUAAAAGGCUCCUUAACUUU